UUCACAUGGUUCAGGUAGGCUCCUUUUCAGCGGCACUUCCUGCACAUGUCUACAGCGCACGAUAUCUCUCUUUUUCUCUCCCUCUCUCUCUCUAUCAUUCUCUCACCCCCUACAGCACACACUCCUCCUAUCCCUCCUCCCUCCUACGCUCGUUCGCUUGCGUUCUCUCUCCAUCCGCCUCAGUUUCCUCCUUGUCUUGUGAAAAGUGGCUGCAGAUCUGUCGCAUCCAUGGCGCUCCUCUUCCGCUCACAGCAUCUCUACUCCGUCCCGAUAGACUCGGACAUAAUAUAGGGAGAUACUUAUCUAGACUUAUCGACAACGAGCUGCGGCCAUCCUCGAUAUCCCCCAUAUCUUUACCGAAACUUUUGCCGCUCUUCCCACGGAACACAGUCUUUCUCUGAAACCGUCGUUCCUGAUGGACGGGGAUGUGUGUGUCCGGCUGCGGUGCGGAUCUACACGCCCGCCGCGGAGGAGAAGCACCGUGCGAAGGAGAAGAAGAUCAGAGCUGCUCGGGGUGAAGCUGUGUGUGAUGGGGCUGCUGCUCGCCGUGCUCUCAGGACUGGCCAACUGGACUGGCAAUUCCGGUUACAUCAUGUCCAGCGUGUCCUCUGAAGUCAGCGAGACAUGGGAGAGCCGCAAGCUUCUGCAGCACUUCACCAAUGAGACAAGGAACUGCACUCAACCAGGUAUACAUGAGUUCCCUGAAGACAUUUUCACCAACCAAGAGCGAAUGGAGGGAGCUGUGGCUCUGCACAUCAUUGGUGCUAUGUACAUGUUCUAUGCCCUGGCCCUGGUGUGUGAUGACUAUUUUGUGCCAUCCCUGGAAAAGAUUUGUGAGCGCCUCCAUCUCAGCGAGGAUGUGGCUGGAGCAACAUUCAUGGCAGCUGGCAGCUCAGCGCCUGAACUCUUUACCUCUGUCAUAGGGGUGUUUAUCACCAAGGGAGAUGUGGGAGUCGGAACAAUCGUAGGUUCUGCAGUCUUCAACAUCCUGUGCAUCAUUGGAGUAUGUGGGAUCUUUGCAGGGCAGGCUGUGCGUCUCUCCUGCUGGACACUAAUGAGGGACUCCAUGUACUACACUAUCUCAGUGACCACUCUGAUCGUGUUUAUCUAUGACGAGAAGGUUACAUGGUGGGAAUCACUUGUCCUGAUUUUGAUGUACCUGGUGUACAUUAUAUUAAUGAAGUGUAACUCCUACGUGGUGCAUUUUUUUGAGCGGAGAAAGAAGAAAGCUACAAACUUGGGAAAUGGUACAGCGAGCAGCACAGACCUUGAUGACGGAUGUGAUGCUACGGCUGUGCUACUUAAAAAAGCGAAUUUCCACAGGAAGCCGUCAGUACUGAUGGUGGAUGAGUUGCUGUCUGCGUACCCACACCAGCUCACCUUCUCUGAAGCUGGCAUGAGGAUCAUGAUCACUAGCCACUUUUCUCCACGCACCCGACUUACCAUGGCCUCCCGCAUGCUCAUCAUGGAGAGGCAGCGUCUUAUCAAUGGUCAUUUCAGCAAUGGUGAUUCAGAGGUGACCGUCAAAUUUCCUGUACGGCGUGGCAUGGAGAACGGCAUAGUGGGUGUAGAGCGAGGCUUAAAUACAUGGAGGAAUGGGCAUCGUGAUGACGACACACGAGGGGCAGAUCCUGGCACUGAUACAGAGAAUGAGAACGAGGAUAAUGAGAACAAUGAGAAUGAUGAAGAAGAGGAGGAGGAAGACGAGAAUGAAGGACCCUUGGUUCCUUUCCAUUGCCCAGGAGGCACGUGCAAUAAGGUGAAGUGGCUGUUGGCAUGGCCGCUGAGUCUGCUGCUUUUCCUCACGGUACCCAACUGUGCCUCGCCUCGCUGGGAACGCUGGUUCAUGGUCACCUUCAUCACCUCUACAAUGUGGAUCGCCGGCUUCUCUUACGUCAUGGUUUGGAUGGUCACAAUCAUCGGUUUCACGUUGGGCAUUCCAGAUGUUAUCAUGGGAAUUACAUUUUUGGCCGCAGGCACCAGCGUCCCUGACUGCAUGGCGAGCCUUAUAGUAGCUCGGCAAGGCCUAGGCGACAUGGCGGUGUCUAACUCCAUUGGCAGUAAUGUUUUUGACAUACUGGUUGGUCUGGGGCUGCCCUGGACUCUUCAGACUCUCGCUGUCGAGUACGGCUCAACAAUUCAUCUCAACAGCAAAGGUCUCAUUUUCUCCGUUGGACUGCUCUUAGCAUCUGUGUUUCUCACGGUUCUGGGUGUUCAUCUGAAUAAGUGGACCCUGGACAGACGUCUUGGCUUUGUGUGUCUCCUGAUGUAUGCUGUUUUCCUGUGUUUCUCCAUCCUUAUUGAAUUCAAUGUCUUCAUUUUUGUCAAUCUGCCCACUUGCCAUUGACACCACUUUUCUUGAUCACUACCCUCUCUUGGUCGGUUUCCAUGAGGACUUGUCAUUCCUUGUCUAAGGAAAGUCUGACCUGUCCUUUAUGAACACUUUCUUCUCGAUCCAGUAAAUCCUCCCUUUUUUCCACUUGUGAUGGAGCAUUCGGUUAAUGGCUUUGGACAGUGGAAAGAGGAAAGGAGAGGAGCACAUAUGCAUGGUGGAUCUGUUCAAUGAUGCAAACUUCUCUGACAGGACCGGGAGAUGGACAAAGAUGACUACUGCCUGGUUUGAUGUGAAAACAAAAAGGUUUGAAUUUUUUAUAUGAAUAUUAAUAACUGAAUUGUUAUUGAAAUAAUUUAGGAUUUCGUGUGUGUGUGUGUGUGUGUGUGUGUGUGUGUGUGUGUGUUUUGACUCAUUUUUGAUUUAUUAGCUGCUAAACUGGCUAAAACAAGUCUGACUGAAGACAAUGAUGUACUGAGCACUUAUGGAUACACAGAAUUUAUGAUUUUGAAAGAUUUCUUAAGAGAUUACUUUAGGAGUAGCUGAAAGGUACUGGUGACCUGUUACAUAUUCUUAUGGACAAUACUAAUGUGGUUAAUCAUGUGACUGGAGAUUAUCAUGGGCAUUAAACCCAGACUGUGUAGGUUAAACCUCCCUUACCAGCUCUGUCUGGAUGCCAGGGAUUAUCGAGAAUGGAGGAUUUUUAAUAUGAUAAUAAAUAAGAGUAUGUUUAAUAAUUGACCAGAUGACGAGUAGGAAAGCUUGAAAGGUUGCUGUACAUGAACAGAUAAUGGUAUUUAUAGUUAACUAGCUCUGGAUAUAUUUUCCCUUUAUGGUUAUGGUGAACAUGUAAGUAUCAUUGCUACAUGGUAGAAUAAACUUUCAGUCAGGGCUGUACUGUAGUCGUCUUGCCAAAACUAAACUAUUUAUGGUAACAUUGAAAAAGAUAAUAUGUUGAUGCUGAUAUAAGAAAUGUGUUCAAAAAUGUUUUUUAUUCAUUAUUUGUUUUACCAGUUACUCUGUAUAUAUGGAAGCAGAGAUUUGUCUAUUUAUUAAUUUAUUGAAAACUAUUUAUGCACAUUAAUUUUGUAUUGUAGUCCUAAAACAAUCCACAGCUGUCCCAAAGAAAAGACCAGCCACGCUUUGUCACUUUAUCUUUGAAAUGUAUUUUUUUUUUUUUUUUUAUGAAAGCUUUUUAGCAUGCCAGAGUGGAAUGACCAGUGUGAGAGGUCAGCAGACAGUGUUUUACUUAGUGGUUCACUCUGUUCAGUAAAAAAGAUGUCCACCAUGAGGACCAUGCAAACUCAAGUAGCUGAUUAGCAGGUAUACAUCCUGGUAAAAUGACGCUAUUGUCUUAGAUCAUAGAAUUUCAGCAAACACAUAUUUUAUGCAGAUAAUAUGAAUCCAAACAUCAUCUCUAUAUAAAGGAAGGCUCAUAUGUUCAGACUGUUUUUACACAACCUAAUUGGAUCAUCUGGGUGGGAGAGUGUCUUCACUUGAAGAUGAAAAACGUCGUUAUCAUGAAUCUGCCUGAGAACUGUGAAUAGUGGUACAGCAUCUUUAAAGCUAUGAGCUGUAUCUCAUCCGAGGGCUUAAAAGACUUUCAGUAGCUCUCCAAAUCCAGCUACAAUAACACAACCCAAGUCCCUCUGUCACAAGGCACAUUAUCUGAAUAUAUAUAUAUAUAUAUAUAUAUAUAUAUAUAUAUAUAUAUAUAUAUAUAUAUAUAUAUGGUCUUUACAUGGUCUUGCUGUUUAUGUCUGAACAGGAGAAUUUAGCUAAAAUAAGCCUAACUGUAAAAUCAGCAAAGUAUUUUUAACACAAAGAAACUGUUUGUACUUUAUAAUGCAAAAUUGUUUCAAGAGGUUAUCCGCUAUCAAAUUGAGGAUGUGCAUCAACUUAUAUAAUAUGUACAUAGUGUAGCUCAUAAAGCUCAUUUUUUCCAAUUGUACACUGUUAACUUUUAAGAGUGCUUCUUUCUAGUUACAAUUUCUGCCAUAUCCUUUUCCUUUUGCUACUUUGGUAGAAAAAUCUGAAAAGAUCAUUAUUAGAUUUGCCAUAUUGAUAAAUGUGUUGGUGUAUUACUUUGUAGGAGUGUCAUUCUCUCUUCCCAAAAAAACAACAACAACAACAACACAGCAAAGGCGGUAGCAAUAGGUCCGAUCAAUGUGUGUCAUUUGUUCUUAAUGAAUAAUUUGCUUACUCCAGAUAGAAUGUAUGGUAUGGAACUGUUUUUUGUUUGUUUGUUUGCUUGUUUGGGUUUUUUUGUUUUUGGACUAUAAGGGUUGUUCAGUAUUAGUUAGUUAUUUCUUUUGUGGUUCUGUUGUAAAAGGUUUAUUUGACACUUGAAGGCAAACAGGGUUCAAGUUAAAGAUCCGGUUUUAUUUAUAAUGCAAUAAUAAUACAUGUGUGCAUACAGUGUUUUUUCUUAUUUGUCCUGAAAAUAAUACACUUUACAACCUUCUAGCUUAGUUACAUAAUUCAGUCAGUCAAGGAUAAGAUUGCAGACUGAUUUUUUUGUUGUUUUUGUUAUUCUUUUGCUUUAUUUUGCUUUAUUUAACAUGUACACAACAGCAUCGACUUCGGCAUUUAAAAUGAACAUGCUCCUUAAUCAUUUAAUUUCUGUCAUUACAACCUUUAAAAUGCUACUUCCACAUUUUACUUACGUUCUCUAAGACUUAUUCUGUCAGAGACAGGCUACUACACUGAUACAGUUCUUGUGAGCUGCGCUAAAAGGCCAGUGCCAGUUAAAAAUCAUCGUUUUUAGUAUUGUACUUUGCUGCUGUUCCUUUAUAUACACAACAAUCACACUGAUUAAAAGCGAGGACAAGCACAACUUAUUACAGCGUUCUUAUAACAUUUCCACUGCAUAUAUUCUAACCAGAGGUGAGAGAGGUGUUUUUUUUGUUUGUUUGUUUCAUUUCUUUAAAUAAGAUCAGUGUUUCUGAACACACAAAUGUGAUACUUACAUGGUGGCGCAUUGCUGAUGUACAUAUAUACAUAUAUGAAAAUGUAUUUAUAUUUUUUGUUGUUACCUGUAUAUCUGUUAACUAUAUUUUCAUAGAUACUGUAUGAUGUUUGGGUCCUCAUUUGUGUUUUGCCCUUCGGUUCGCUAGGUCGCAUGAAGAUAUUUUAAUAUAAGAAAACUGUUGAUUAUUAUUAUUAUUAUUAUUAUUAUUAUUAUUAUUAUUAUUAUUAUAUAAUGGUGGGCACUGAUGCAAAGCAGCAGUGGAAUUAGACCUCUUAGAUCAUUGCAUGUUUUUCAGGUGAAUACUGCUGGAUCUUUCGAUUCGUUAAUGACAGUGUCAGUCCCAGGUUAAGUCAGGAUCAAAGGUUUAUACAAUAUGAGACAAAAUGAAAAAGAAUUGUUUGCUUUAUGUACUAAAGUAUUUUGUUCAGGUGAUUCAAGUGUAUAUCAGAGUACAUUUUUGCUACUCCAACUUAAAUAAAAAUGAUCUUUGUUAAGGCCAAAAGAUUUUUUGCUCUACUGAUUAUUAAUCUUCAUGUUGUAACCACCUACAGUAAAAUAUUUCAAAUACAAGCACGCAUGAAAUGAC